AUAAUUUAUAAAUGAAUAGUGGGUUGUCAAUUUAACAUUUUUAAUUGCCUAUAUGCAAGUAUAACAAUUAGAUCAUAGCAAAAGUUAAUCAAAAGUUGCUAAUAAAAAAUGAUGGCUUCUUCGUAUAUUUAAAUUAAUACAUAGCAAUAAUUUUAUUUUGACUAUUUUUAACAAAAGGUAGCUUUUUUGACAUUUGAUGGAUUUGUAAAGAUUUAUGAUAUCAUUUAAACUAGAGAUGGCUAGAAACAUAUUUUUAAUUGUGAAUUUAUGGCGUAAAAUAAUUUAAUUUUUGAAGUCAUUAGGGAGCUAUAAAAUCAUUAACUUGGCAAAGCCCUUCAAUGGAUAGUAUGAUUGCUACAUGUGGUGAUUAGGAUAAGACAAUAAAAGUUUUUAAAGAAACUGGAAAAGUUUGGAGAGAAAUAAAAUAGAUAUCAGAUAAUAGAAAACCAUUGAAAGUUUAAUGGAUUGAGAAUGAACUAUAAUUAUUAAUAGGUUAUUAUGAAGGAGAUAUUGAAAUUAGAUAAGGGGAUAAUUAUCAAUUAGCUUUUAGUAUUAAAAUGUUUAAGAAUUUAAUUGAUUUUGAUUUACAAUUAAUGCAGCAAGAUGCUAUUCUUAUAAGUAGUGGAGUAGGUGGAGAUUCAAAUUAUGUUUUCUAAAUCCAAAUUAUAAAAUUAGGUAAUAAAGAAAAGAUUGAUUUUAAAUCAAAAUUUACUUAACCGUUAGCAUCAUAAAUUUAAAAUCUGAAGAUAGCUCCAUAUAUUAAUGAUAAUGAAAUAAAGGUAGCCGGAUUAUAUGACAAUAGAGCAAUAAUAAUAUUCAUAGAGUAUAAUGAAUAGUUAAGCUAAAAUAUUGAUAAAAUUACUGAUUAAUUUAUAGACAUUGACUCAAAUGUUUGGUAAUUUUAAUGGUCCAUAUUUGGAAAUGAAUUACAAAUAUAUACUGAAAAUGGAGUGAGAGUUUAUUAAUAAAAUAUUGAUGAUAAAUUUGUGAUAUUGUGA